UUUAUACUAAAAAAAAAUAAAGAUCUCCGAUUAUAUAUAAAUUACAGAAGAUUUAAUAAAAUUUUAAUUAAAAAUUACUAUUUUUUAUUUUUAAUUUUAGAAAUUUUAAAUAAAAUUAUAGAAGCUAAAUAUUUCUUUAAACUAGAUAUUUAA